AUGGCGAGCCUUUUAAUUUGCGGAGCAGCAAGGAGCUGCUGCUGGGCGACCCUCGUAGGCCAGAGGAGGUACAAGAGCCACAUAAACUCAGUCUCCAUUUUGCAGCAGUUUUACAAUCGCUUGCCGAUUCGGAAGAAGUACAUAAAGGCGAUAAAGAAGGGGACGCUGAUCUGGGACAAGGGACAGGUGAAAAUUCCGCCGCUCAAAAUUGAAGGAUACGACCCGCCCAAGAAGUGCCUGUCGCCGCUCGUCAAGAACAGGAACAACCAGUACCGCGGAAGCUUCCUGAAUUUGAGGGCCCACCGUGUGGAGUUCCAGGACUGA